AUGUCAAGAGCGUGUUGUUCCCGUAUUGGCAGACGUAUUGGUAGUCGUCGUUUUGGUGUCGGGAACGACCGCGAGAAUUGGAGCGGGAAUUCAUGCGAGUUGGGCCGAAGACCAAAGGCUGAGAGUGCCAACCAGCUGUUGAUGGCGGACGCUAAUUGGCUUGUCGAGAAAUGCCAGGGAACCGACCUCAAGAAGGAAAGACGUUCCAAAGCCAGUUGCUUCAUGGCUCGAAUCAUGCUAAGGUGGUCGAUCUUGGUGGGAUUGGUACUCUUGGGAGGAGUACAUCUGACUUGGGGCCAAGUCGAUAUAUUUCAGUCAGAGGUCUACAAGAAGAGAAAAGGACUGGUUCUCAAUGUGAAGGACACAGAUGCCGAUACAUUCGCGGCCAUCAAUUUUGGCAACAAUCAACCCAUCUACAAGUCUUACUUUGUCCAUGCGAAUCCACAAAACUUUAGCGGGACUAUUGUGGACCUCAGUGCUGAAAGCAACAUGGCACCCAGUUUCGAAGAGGAUCCGUAUUCAUUGAAGAGGAUCUGGGUGUAUGCCAACACUCAAGCCAACAAAGAGCUCAUAUUGAGGUCUGGUUUAAGGUUCGACAGUAAAGUCUACUUGGUUUCGUCCAAACCAGACAAUCAAUCUAUCAUCUUUUCGGAAUUCUACACCAUCCACAACGAAACGGCGCCUGUGGAACGCAUUGUCGAAGAUUGGAAGAACCUAAAGAUUCAAAAUGAGCCAGAAUAUAUUUGGAAGCGGCGGGUGAAUGUCGAAGGGAUCCAUUUCUACGUAGGGGCCAUGAAUUAUGUGUCCAUGAUCAGCCUUCCUGACGACAAAUCAGACCAAGCUACGGGAUUUUGCUCGGAAAUCAUCCGCCUCCUUUCCAAAAGCAUGAACUUCACCUACGAAUACAAAACGCCCCCUAGGAACGUGUUUGGCACUUUCAGUGAAAGCAAAGAAUGGACAGGCCUGGCGGGUUUAGUGGUGCGGAAUGAGGUGGAUUUCACGGCAAACCUGGUUCCGAUGUCGUAUGAACGCGCCGACGAGAUGAAUUUUUCUCGUGGCAUCACUUUGGAACAAAGUGUGUUCGUGUAUAAAAAGAGUACAUCGGGUGCCAUCCCCCUCCAACGCAUGUUCACCCCGGGUGUGGCAGUCAUGUUCGUGGUCGUAUUUGUCGUAUUGCUCUUGAGUGCCAUUUUCAUCGCCUACCUUUAUCGGCUUGGUCAUCUUCAUGCCGUCAUGGAAGUGGUUCUUUCGAUCCUGGCCUCGUUCAUGAACCAAGGCUUCACGGAGCGCUUCAGUGCCAACUCGAUGAGGAUCCUUUUGUACACGUCCCUGUUGUUGGGCAUUCUCUUUGUGAACAUACUCUCAGCCAGGCUGGCCUCGUUGCUCAGCGUUCAGCUGGAGGAUGAUCCCGUGAACCAAUUUGAGGAUGUUAUUGACAAAGAAUUGGAGCUCUUUGUUCAAGGUCAAUCCAGUCGGGAGGAGUUCUUCUCCCUGGCCAACAAAGGCUCCGCUGCCAACUACAUUUGGGAGACCCAGUUAAAAGACGAUCCCUAUCAAAGGCCUCCCACCAUGGUCGAUGUCAUCAACAACGCGUUUGAGAGCGAUGAAGGCGUGAUUUGGACCAACCCGGUGGUGUACAAGUAUUGGGCAGUUCGUAACAAGUCCAAGGCGUGCGAGAUGAGUCUCCGCAGAGAGCGACGAAGCAUUCACCACAGUUUCGGGGUCCGAAAAGAUUGGCCCUAUCUUCAGGCCAUGAACUAUCAGUUGUUGAAGUUCAUUGAAAAUGGGCUGAUAUCCCAAUUACAAGCCGAAUGGCAUCACCCCCAACACCUGGAGCAGAGUAGCUACUGUCCCAAACGUGAGGAAUCGAUCAAAAUGGUGGGCAUUCCCGACGUCAAAUUUUACUUCUUCGUUCUCUUCACGGGAGUGGGUCUGUGUGUUGUCUUCUUUGUGGGCGAGAUGAUCGGGCGCCGAAAGAACCUCAGAGCUGUUCUGAUCAAUCAAAGAAAGAAGAAUGCUCAAUAUGCACAAGCUAAAAAGCGACCCAGAAGUCACAGCAUUCGGUCUUUUCGAGCCAAGACUGCACAUGUGAAGCGCUCCAAACCUUCAAGUGUGAGUGGCGGGAGUGCCACAUCCCGAGGAUCGGAACGAUCCACCACAAGAUCGCCCAAAAUGUCCUCAGUACAACCUUACUUUACAUUCACAAACGAAGAACAACAACAAUACCUACCAUGAUGCCGUUUGGAUGGGACAUGUACUAAAUAAAGUUGGAAGU